AUGUCUGCCAAACUUCAAGCCCCUCCCGUCAACUUGGAGCGUAUCCUGGGCGGGGAGAUCCGACACAAGGUCGAAAAGGAUCCCCUUACUGUCUGGGACAAGGGUGUCUUCCUCAAUGAACUUCACAAUCAAGGCCUUGUUUUGAAGACUGACAAGUCCGGCGCCACCAGUGGCGAGUUUGCUGAUGCGACAGAGCUCAAGAAGGGCACCUACCAUGGUACCAAGCUUGCCUUGACCGAACUCUAUAGCAUGAUUGAAGAGACUGCUGUUUCCCAAUUUGACUCCAAAAACUUUGAGUCCAUCAUCCCCAUCCAGCGAAGUAUCGAACAAAAACAGGACACCUACAACUGGAGUGACGGUACCGACAACUAUCCUCCCCAUCUGGCUGUUCUUCCGGACGACCAGACGGACCAGAAAGUUGGCCCCAUCUUCAACAAGGAGGAGCGGGAUAAUGUCACUGACAUUGCCGGAGCCUUCUCCCUUAUUAUUCCCAGCCAGGUCGAGGAGCGGAACGGAGUGCCCUACGCCGGUCCCACCAUUGCCGACACCGAGAUCUAUAACCAUGCCCACAAGGGACCUCCUACCGAUAUUAUGAACGGCGAAAACAUUGGUAACCUCCCCGAUUGGUACUCAGAUGCUCGUUUCGCCCAGCAGCACCUGAGCGGCGUAAACCCGUCCACUAUUGAGGUCAUUUCUUCUGACAGGCUCAACGAGUUUAGCGCCGAGGCUGGCAAGCAGGGUGCCGAGGGCAUCGGUGCCAUUCUGACAACGGGCAAGGACAUCCUGAUCCAGGACUACUCCUACUUCCGCGAGGCGGUUGGUGCCAGCGAUGACACCGAGUUCGUAAAUGUCAUCCCUGUGGCAGGUGGCAAGCCAGUCAGCCGUUAUGCCUGUGCUCCCAUUGUCGUCUUCCAGCUGCACGAGGACGGCCGCCUUCAUCCUCUUGCCAUCACUCUAGACUACAGGGGGUCUUUGGACAAGUCCAUCACCAUUUUCAACCAGCGCCUCAACCCCGAUGAUAAGGGUGAGAUUGACGAGAAGCAGGAUUGGCCCUGGCGAUAUGCCAAGACGUGCGCGCAGACGGCAGACUGGGCUCGUCACGAGAUUGCAACCCAUCUUGUCGAUACUCAUUUGAUCGAAGAAGCCAUCAUUGUGGCCACGAACCGAACAUUCAAGGAUGGCCACAUCAUCUAUGAGAUUCUCAGCCCUCACUGGUACCGCACUUUGGCUCUGAACCAGGCUGCUCGCAUGGCUCUGGUCCCUGGUGUCAUUGCUCGCUUGGCAGGCUUCGGUCCCAACCCCGCCCCUGGCGCAACGAACAAUGUCUACAAGAUGGUGAACUGGUCAUACAAGAACUUCAACUUCCAGGACAAGUACAUUCCCAAUGACCUCAAGAAGCGUGGCUUCAACCUCAAGGAGGAGAUGACCAACAAGUACCGCAACUACCCUUACGCCACGGAUAUGCUGUACCUUUGGGAGGUGCUUCGGGACUUUGUCAAGAGCGUUCUUGAGACGCAGUACACGUCUGAUGCGAAAGUCCAGGCCGAUGCCGGCAUCGCCGCUUGGUGCACGGAGAUUCAGACCAAGGGCCAGAUCACCAGCUUCCCCACCAUCACCACUCUUGAGCAGCUCAUUGACGCUGUCACCAUGUGCAUUCACAUUGCUUCCCCUCAGCACACGGCUGUCAACUAUCUGCAGGAUUACUACUACAGCUUUGUCCCCUCCAAACCUCCCGCUCUCUGCACACGCCUGCCCAAGGAUCUGGCCACUCUCAAGACCUACACUGAGGCGGAACUCACUGCCGCUCUGCCCAUCGGCACCAAUGGUCCCCAGUGGAAAGACUGGCUUCUGGCCGCUCAGCUCCCCGAACUGCUCAGUUACAAAGUCGAGGGCCAAUACAACCUCAUCACGUACGCCAAGUCUCUGUACAAUGUGCACAAGGCCCGCCCAGCCUUUAAGGGCAACUUUGACAGCAAGACCAUCAAAGAGGCCGCUGCACUGUUUUAUAGCCGUCUGAAAGAUUGUGAGCUGGCGUUCCAGUGGGUGUCGGCCAACCAGACCGAGGGGACUGUAGAGUACAAGGUUUUGGAGCCGGAACUUACUGCUGUUUCUAUCCUCAUCUAA